UCUGGCAAGGGAGACAGACUAGACUUAUUUACGAUUGCAGAAGAAAGAUCAUGGCUGGAAUUUGCGGUUGCUCAUCUCGAUUAUUAACAAAAACUUUAAAAUCUGCUUCCAGUAUUCACUUUUCAAGAAUAAAUUUCAAGAAUAAAUCCCAGUGGCGUAUACAAUAUUGUUCUAGAUUGUUAUUUUCAACAAAGCAGUCUUCAGAAAAACUAUGUUUUCAAAACCUCACUUAUUGCCGAACUGUGGCUAGGUCACCGAGAAAAAAUUCUCAGUUCUAUUAUUUACAUACAAGUCAAAAUUUAAGAAAUGAAAUACGAGAAAUUAAAGUUCCACAGUUGGCUGAAUCUCUAAGUGAAGGAGACAUCCGAUGGGAUAAAGCUGUUGGUGAUCAGGUUGCUGAAGAUGAUGUGAUAUGUGAAGUUGAGACAGACAAAACUUCAGUGCCCAUCCAUGCACCAGCAGCUGGUGUAAUUGAGGAGAUUCUUGUGGAAGAUGGUGCAACAGUUCAACCAGGGAUGAGCAUCUGCAAACUCAGAGUUGGAGCUGGGAAAGGUGCACCAGCUGCAAAAGAAGAAUCUGCUUCUGUCCCUAAAACUCCUGAGCCAGAAACUUCUCCAAAAACACCUAGCACUGAGGAAAGUGUGCCUAUACCUACUACACCACCUCCUGCUCCACCAAAACCUAGUGCACCUGUGUCAUCUAAACCAGUGUCCUCAAUUAAAAUACCAGUAACGCCUACACCAUUACCUCCCGGACAAGCAGAAUCUACUAUUACUGGAACUAGAACAGAACAACGAGUUAAAAUGAACCGCAUGAGGCAGCGCAUUGCUCAAAGAUUAAAAGAAGCACAAAACACUUAUGCAAUGUUGACCACAUUUAAUGAAAUUGAUAUGUCGAAUAUUAUAGAAAUGAGAAAUUCACAUAAAGAUGCUUUUCUGAAGAAACAUAAUAUAAAACUGGGAUUUAUGUCAGCUUUUGUGAAAGCAGCAACAUAUGCCUUGCAAGAUCAACCCAUAGUUAAUGCUGUCAUUGAUGAAGGAGAAAUUGUUUACAGAGAUUAUAUUGAUAUCAGUGUUGCUGUUGCUACACCAAAGGGCUUAGUUGUUCCUGUUAUUAGAAAUCUUGGGAAAAUGAAUUAUGCUGACAUAGAAAAAGCAAUUCAUGCUUUAGGUGAAAAGGCACGUACUGGAGCACUUGCUAUUGAAGAUAUGGAUGGAGGGACAUUUACAAUCAGCAACGGUGGCGUGUUUGGUUCAUUAUAUGGCACACCUAUCAUAAACCCACCCCAGUCUGCAAUAUUAGGGAUGCAUGCUAUUGUCGAGAGGCCUGUAGCCAUCAAAGGAAAGGUUGAAAUAAGACCGAUGAUGUAUGUUGCAUUAACAUAUGACCACCGUCUCAUUGAUGGUCGUGAAGCUGUCCUUUUCCUUCGAAAGAUCAAAGCUGCAGUAGAAGAUCCUAGAAUAAUGCUUUUGGACAUUUAAAAAAUUGUAUAUUUAUUUAUAGAGUUUAGUUAGUCCUGAAAGAAAGACUGGAGCUUAAGGACUAGACAUGUUUUUCAAUUGUGUUUCUAUUAUGCUUUAAGACCUACACAUUUCAGUUGAUUCAUUCCAUCACCAAUUUACUGCUGAGUUGGGAAAAGCAGGGAAAUUCAAUUGAAACUUGAAUAUUCUUCAAAGGAUCCUAUGUUGUGUUCUUUCUUUUGAAGAUGAGGAGUUAUUUUGAUAAUGGUCUUGAAAAGAACCAGAAUUGUUCAAUGAAUUACUUGACCCCCACAUCCAAAAAUUAAAUAAAAUUGUGAAACAUUUGAAA